AUGGGAGCUGCGCGUAGUGUUGCUGAAACACUUUUAGCAACGUUGCAAACUUCCAUGGUCAAAGAAAUGUGCUCCAAGUGGGGCUUCGAAUCUGAGCUCGAAGACCUCAAAGUUAUUGUCUCCGACACUAGUAAAGUGCUGCUUGAUUCGGAGGCCAGGCAAGAGCUUGAUGAAGAAACACGAGUGUCGAUUCGAAAGCUCAAGGAUGCUGUUUAUGAUGCUGAUGAUUUAUUUGACGAAUUGCUCACUGUGGCUAAUCAGCGUAAAGGGCGCUUGCGCAAUGAUAAACUCACUGAAAAGGUACGUGAUUUCUUUUCUGUUAACAACUCGCUGAGCGUUACGGCUCACGCUAUGUCUCAAUGGGUUAAGAAUAUCAUGUUCCAAUUGGGUUCUCUAGCAAGUAAUCAUACGGAUCUUCGCUUUGAGGCGGACUACCAACUCACUAAGGAAGGGAGGGAUGAGAUUUGUUCUGAGUUUGAUAUGAGAAAUGUGGUUGUUGGGCGAGAGAAUGACAUGAAUGCUAUCAUAGAUCUUCUGUUGGAUUCUAAUUUGAAAGAUGAUGUUUUUUUCAUUACUAUAGUGGGAGACCGAGGAUUAGGAAAGACAACUCUUGCUCAACUUGUGUAUAAUGAUAGAAGGAUUAGAACUGAGUUUCCUUUGAGAUUGUGGGUUGAUGUCUUAAAUGGAGAUCGAGGGAAAUUCGAAGCGAAUGCAAUUCUAGGGAAGAUUUUAGAGUCUAGUGGAAGAUUUUAUACAGAUGUAGAUGAACUUCUCCAAUUAGAGAUUCCACAUCAACUUGGAGGGAAAAAAUAUUUGCUUGUUCUAGACGAUGUUUGGGUUGAGGAUUACCAUAAGUGGGUUAUUUUAAGGAAUUUCUUAAUGUUGGGUGUUGGGGGGAGUAAGAUAAUUAUUACCACAUAUUCAGAAGAAACAACAAGGGUUGUAGGGAGCGAACAUACAUAUGAGUUAAAAGGUUUGUCUGAAGAGAACUCAUGGCGUUUGUUUAAGUUGGCCGCUUUUGCGAAAGGGAUUGAACAUGAGGGUGAACCUGAAUUAGUAGCCUUAGGAAAAAAAAUUGUUGAAGAGUGUUGUGGAGUUCCUCUGGUAAUAAAAGAAGUUGGUAGUCUUCUAUUCGGUCAAGAUAUAAGCAAGUGGCGUUUGUUUGCAAAGAAAGAAUUGGCCACAUUUGAGGAUAAUAAAGAAGAUGACAUGAUUAUGGAAGCACUUAAACUUAGUUACUAUAAUCUAGAAUCUCCAUUAAAGAGUUGUUUAAGCUAUUGUGCAUUGUUUCCUGAGGGUUUUAGUAUAGAUAAGAAAAAAUUGGUGGGACUUUGGAUGGCACAAGGGUAUAUUGUGCCACUUGAUGGGCAAACUAUGGAGGAUGCUGGUGAAGAUUAUCUUUCAAUUCUGCUACAAAGAUGUAUGUUGCAAUGUAUAGAAAGAAAUGAAUAUGGUGAGGUUGUGUCCUGCAAAAUUCAUAGCCGGAUUCAUGAUGCUGCUUUCGAAUUCGUAACACAAGAGACAAUCUGUGUGGUGGGUUCUAUUGCGAACAAUAGUUUGGGAGAUAACAUUCGCCAUGUACAUCAAGUUGGUUGUGAGUGUAGUGAAAGCUGUUUUCCGAAUAAGAUUAAGAUUCGGUCUUAUCUUCAUCAAAUUGUUGAUGUCUCAUUUCCACCACUUGAUAAAUUUUUAUCAAGUUUGAUGUGCCUAAGGGCACUAGACUUGCAUGACUUAAAUAUCAAAAUUUUGCCGGAAUCAAUUGGCAAAUUAUUGCAUUUACGGUACUUAGAUCUUUCUCAUACUCUUCUUAAGAGACUGCCAAAUUCAAUUACAAAAUUAUAUAACUUGCAAACUCUCAAUUUAGAUGGUUGCACUAACUUUGAAGAGUUACCGCGAGAUUUAGGCAAGUUGGUGAAUCUUAGGAGCUUGAAUAUACAUGAAUGCCAUGGGAUGGUAUAUAUGCCAUCAGGGAUGGACAAAUUGACUUGUCUUCAUGAAUUAACUGCAUUUGAGGUAGCUGGAGAGUGCUUCUUUGAGGAAGAUAGUUCAAGUGAGGAUGAUAGCUCAAGUUCGCGUAAGCAAUUAUUUGGCAUGCUAAAAGAUCUCAAGCCCCUCAUAAACUUACGAGGCUCAAUUAGUAUUUCAAUCCCUGAAAAUUAUAAAAAUGUUGAUGAUGAUCAUAGUCUAGAUGGAAGUAGAGGAGGUUACUUAGGGGGAAUGGAACUCCUCAAUGACAUAUCAAUGAAUUUUCGAGAUGAGUAUUGUCAUGAAGUUUCUGUCACCCAUGAAGCUUUGCUGGAAAAUCUGCAGCCUCAUCCCAAUCUUAAGGGGAUAGAACUCUGGCGUUAUCAUGGUUCGACACUAACAAGGUGGCUUACCGGACUCCCUAAUCUUGUAAAGAUAAAGAUCGAUUCUGGCGAGGGGUUACAACAUCUCUCAUUGAUUAGCGAGCUACAAUUUUUAAAGUCACUAACAUUGUCUAGUUUAAGCAAUUUGGAGUAUAUAGAGGAAGCUACAAGCACCAAUAGUAGUAGAACAUUGACAUUCUUUCCGUCCCUUGAAUAUCUUAGCAUAAGCAAUAUGGGCAAGUUGAAAUCAUGGUGGAAAGAUGGAAAUGAUGGAAAUUGUUUGCAAUCAUCAUUUUUUCGCCUUUAUGAAUUGUCCAUGACGGACUGCUGUAAGCUCGCUUCAUUUCCUCCUUGUCCAUGGGUGAAAAAACUACAUUUAGGCGGUCUUGAUGAAAACUUUCAGAUAGUCUCGUCCACUGCUCAUAAGUACGAGUCACCAAUGUUGAAGAAGGUGGAUGUUUUCGAGAAUGUCAGCCAUCUAAAAUCACUACCAAUGAGUUCUGUCACAAGCCUAUGUAUUAAUUGGGAUAACAAAGUAGAGAGGUUAUCCCAUGUUGAAGACACAUUCAAGAGCUGUUCUUCUUCCUUGCGCACACUCACAAUCAGAGGUUGUGAGAAUUUAAGGAGUGUGUCUCGAUCGUUGGAGUACCUCACUGCUUUAGAGUCUCUAUCAAUAAUCGAAUGUCCGAUAUUGAGAUUCGCCGAAGAGGAUGCCGAUGAAGAAGACAACAAGCCUUGGAGAUGUCUUCAUCGAAGCCUCCGUUCGAUAGAAUUAUGGGCAGUUGAUAGCAUGGAGAUACUACCCAAGGGGAUGCAGUACUUGACCAACCUACAAUCUUUAACCAUUGAAAAUUGUUGGAAUUUCGAAACGUUACCAGAAUGGAUAAGUUGCUUAUCAUCUCUUAAGACUCUUCGAGUUAAGUGUUGUCGUCAAUUUCAAUCACUACCAGAAGCAAUGCGAGAUCUUACCUCCCUCAAGGUACUCGAUCUAAGUUAUUGCAAAGAAGGCUUAAAAGAACGAUGCCAAAGCCCGAAUGGAGAAUACUGGCCAAAAAUUCAACAUAUUCCCUCCAUAGAUAUUUCUACAUAA